AUGGAGAGGUUUUUAGAAGUGUUGGACGACAAUGAUGCAAACGAGAAUGAUGAAAAUAAAGAGCGCAACGAAGUUGGAAAAUCUGGGGCGAAACAUGGUACUUCGAAUGUGUGGAAAUGGUUUGACAAACUAAGUAAAACUACGUCAAAAUGCCGCAUUUGUAAGAAAAUUUACAUGACUAGUGGUAACACCUCCAAUUUAAGGGAGCACCUAAAUCGCGUGCAUCCGAAUUAUGCUGGGACAGAAUGCAAAAAAUCAACAAUUAAAGACUUUUUCAAGGAAUCUAAUUACUAUGAAGACAAUAAUCCUCGAAAAAAUUUAAUCGACAAUGCAGUAAUAUCAAUGAUAGUUACGGAUAUGCAGCCUACUCGUGUUGUUGAUGACGUUGGCUUUAGAAAUCUACUGGGAGUUUUAGAACCGAGAUAUAAGUUGCCAAGCAGGACAACUUUCCAAAACGUCCUACUUGUUGAAAUGUUUGACAACGCCGUGAAAAGUCUCAAAACUAUGUUAAAUAACAUAAAUUAUUGCUCGAUUACUUCUGAUGGCUGGACAUCAAAAAACAACAUAAAUUACUUAACAGUCACAUGCCACUUCAUUGUGGACGGCAAAUUAAAAACUGCUGUGCUGUCAACUAACCCCUUAAAUGAUGACACCAACCAUUCGGGAGAGAAUUUUGCGAGCUCUAUACGCCAUGUGCUGACUGAAUGGAAAAUCUUUGAUAAAGUGACCACAAUAGUAACUGAUAAUGCACAGAGCAUGGUCAAGGCAUGCAGACUGUUGGAAAAAUGUCACCUUCCUUGUUUUGCGCAUAGCCUAAAUUUAGUUAUGCAAGACGUUUUAUCACAUGAUAAUUUAAAGGAACUUAUUUCAAAAUGCAAGAAAAUUGUGGCUUUUUUCAAAAGCAGUUCCAUUGCAUAUGCAAAGUUUCGUGCAGCACAAGGCGAAAAUCCGUUGCGCCUGAUCCAGGAAGUCACAACGCGAUGGAAUAGCGCUUACAAAAUGAUAAGUCGGAUACUUGCAACUAAAGAUGCAGUUACAUCUGUCAUUCUAAAGACACACAAAGCGCCUAGCAUCCUUAACGCCGAUGAAAUAGAGCUUUUGGAGGAUCUUGAUGAUCUGUUUUGCCAAAUGGACGAUGCUACAAAAAGAGUAUCAGCUGGAAAUACUGUGACGAUCUCAUUGAUUUUGCCAAUUAUCUAUGGCCUUUUGAGUAACAUCAAAGGAUCCAUUAAAAAUUUGAAAACUGAAAAAGGAGCUGUUAUUGCGAACUUUCUGUUAGAUCGCCUCAGGGAAAGAAUUGUGCCGUAUGAAAACCGGAGCCCUGUGAGAAAAGCCACCCUCUUAGAUGCUCGCUUCAAAAAAGAAGCAUUUAGAUCUGCUUCCAAUGCAGAAGCUUCCGCAAAACUCUUGCAGGAUGAACUUGCGGCAAUGAAGUUGUCGAAUCCAGUUGUCUUCACUGAUCCUUCGGUUUCAACGCUACCACAGACUGCCGACUCAACACAAUUAGGAAAACGAGAUAUGUUCGGGUUUUUAAAGAAAAACCGUGAAGACAAAAUAAAGUCUCAACGCGUUGACACAAUUUUGAAAAUGAGACAAUAUUUUGAGGAUGUAAAUAUACCUACGUAUAGUGAUCCUCUUGAAUAUUGGCAGAUGUCCGAACCAAAGUUUAAAUUCUUAAAGGAAUGCGCUAAUAAGUACCUUAUUAUUCCUGCAAGCUCAACAGAGUCAGAGC